AUGGGUCAUUGGUUGAUCGGUGGGAUCAGCUACACCAAUCUACUGUUUCAAGCUAGACGCAUAGGUGACUGCGUGGAACACAUGGAAGCCGAUUGGCGAAUAGUGACGAAAGACAGCGAGCAACAAGUAAUGCUGAAGCGCGCGAAGUUUGGCCGAUACGUGUCGAUCAUCUGCGCGAUCUUCGUGCACAGUGGUGCCUUGUCGUACUGUAUAUUGGUCGGUAUUAAUUACAGUUUUAUAGCACGUAUAGAAGAAAUAAUGAGCUGGGUAUGCAUGACGGAGUUGUUUAGAUGCAUAUUGGCCAUAUGCAUGGUUGGAUAUUUUAUUAUUAUGGAGUGGUCCGACCACGAUGUUCGAAAUCUCGCUACCUAUUUUAUAGUAUUCAUGUCUGUGACCUUCAACACAUUUGUAUUGUGUUAUAUCGGUGAGCUGCUAACAGAACAGGUAUCAGAGACUCCAUAUCGCGAAGAUGUCUAUCAAUCAACACCGGGAAAUCCAGGAUUAAUCGAAUGA